GAUGUGUGGCCAGUGUUGGGCAGACAGGCAGACAGGCAGACAGGUAGACAGGUAGACAGACGUGUCCUCUCAGUGUGAGCAGCACCAGCAGACAGCAGGCUGGAGCCGUGGUACUCGUACACCCACUGGUUCCCGAUGGCCUCGGCCCACGUGAAGAAGGACGGCCCGGUGCCAGUGCCCAGGAUGCAACCGGCCAUGAUGAUGUUCUCCAGCAAGUACUGGUCCCGGAGGGGUAUGUCCCUGGACUCAGCCAUGUUUGACCAGCAGCAGCAGCGACACACCGGGGGGCAGAUGUCGAGGCGUCCAUCCUUCUGUCCCAUCAAUGAGACAGCAGACACGCAGAGCGCAGAGGAUUGUGGGAAGACGGCAGUGGUGUUCUCUCUGAGGAACGAGGUCGGCUGUCUUGUCAAAGCUCUGAGACUCUUUCAGGAGAAGCAGGUGAACCUGAAGCACAUCGAGUCUCGAGCUUCUCGGCGUCUCGUUAACGAGGUGGAGAUCUUCGCUGACUGCAGCUGCAGUAAGAAGGAGUUUAACGAGCUGCUGCAGCUCCUCAAGGAUCAAGUCAACAUCGUCUCCUUCAACACACCUGCACACGUGUGGGCUGCAGAGGCAGACGGAGACGAUGUGCCGUGGUUCCCCAUGAAGAUCUCAGAGUUAGAUCAGUGUUCUCACCGAGUGCUGAUGUACGGCUCGGAGCUGGACGCAGACCAUCCUGGCUUCAAAGAUGAAGUGUACCGUCAGAGGAGGAAAUACUUUGUGGAAGUGGCCAUGAGUUACAAGUUCGGGCAGCCAAUCCCUCGUAUUGAGUACACGGCGGAGGAGGUGAGGACGUGGGGGGUGGUGUUCAGAGAGCUGACCAAACUGUACCCGACUCACGCCUGCAGAGAGUACCUGAAGAACCUGCCGCUGCUCAGCAAACACUGCGGCUACCGAGAGGACAACAUCCCCCAGCUGGAGGACGUCUCGCUCUUCCUCAGAGAGCGCUCUGGUUUUACAGUCCGACCUGUCGCAGGUUACCUGUCCCCCAGAGACUUCCUGGCUGGUCUGGCCUACAGAGUGUUUAACUGCACUCAGUACGUCCGUCACAGCACCGACCCGCUCUACACACCUGAGCCGGACACGUGUCAUGAGCUGCUCGGUCACGUUCCUCUGCUGGCUGAUCCAAAGUUCGCUCAGUUCUCUCAGGAGAUCGGUCUGGCUUCUCUGGGAGCAUCUGAUGAGGACGUCCAGAAACUGGCCACAUGUUACUUCUUCACCAUCGAGUUUGGAUUGUGCAAGCAGGACGGUCAGAUGAGAGCCUACGGAGCCGGAUUACUGUCAUCUAUUGGAGAGCUCAGGCAUGCCCUGUCCGAUCAGGCCUGUGUGAAGAUGUUCGACCCAAAGACGACCUGUAACCAGGAGUGUCUCAUCACGACCUUCCAAGACGUUUACUUCGUCUCCGAGAGCUUCGAGGAGGCCAAAGAGAAGAUGAGGGAGUUUGCUAAGACGAUCAAGCGACCAUUCUCAGUGUACUACAACCCGUACACUCAGAGCAUCGACCUGCUCAAAGACACUCGCAGCAUCGAGAACGUGGUUCAGGACCUGCGCAGCGACCUCACCACUGUCUGUGACGCUCUGGGCAAGAUGAACACCUACAUGGGCAUCUGAAGCCACGCUCUGAUUGGUUGAAAAAACUUCAGUGACAGGCCACAAUGCUUUUGAACAUCAAGCCGUGGAGCUGGUGGAAUCUGUGUUUAGUUUGGCUGAUGAUGCAGUCAUUAUAAAUGUUGUGACUCGUCAAUAAAUGUUUCUUUUUGUUAUCAGACAGGAUCUGACUGAGUGCAGGACAGAGGAAGAGCUGGACGCAUGGUGUUGCUGCAUCUCUGUGCUCUCUGUUUGCUGUACUUCAUUUUCUUCUGGAUGAUUUAAAAUCAGUCUCUCUGUAACUUCCAAACUGAAAUAAUAAAUAAAUGUGUGAUUCAUGUGAAGCUGUGAUGAGACGAGUCCAGCCUCUCAUCCUCACUGUGAAACCUUCAGAUGAUUCAGUUUAAUCAGAGGAGACAUGAACACACUGACGUGUAGAGCUCAUCCUCCUCUUUAUCUGCACCUGUCAUUAAUUGAUUGAUUGAUGUGAGCUGGAUCUUUAUUGUUCUCUGUGUGUUAGUUUAAAAUCAGCUGUGAAUAAAUUAAUUGAUGAAGACAGAUUUUUAUUUGCAUGUUUGAAUGUUAAGGCUGUUUCUCAGACGUGCGCCGCAUCAUUUUAUUUAUUGUGACAGAUUCACAACAUUCAUGUUGAUUUUAUGGACUAGAAAAACUUCACUGUCCCGGU